AUGCAAAUCGGAUUUGCGCGCGCCUUCUGCGACAUCCACUGUGUGCGGGAUGCCGUGAUUCGGGGCGAUCGGUCCAUCAUCCGUAACCUUGAGAUGGCCACGAAGAAGACCAACAACAACUUGAAGGCUCUGGUCAAGUGGUCAGUCGAUGCUUCUCACACGGACAUCGGGUGGAUUGGCGAGAAGCUCGACUACAUGCACAUCAUCAACACCGCCUCCAUGCAGGAAAUCCACGAUAUGGUGACCAAGCAGUCCCAAGCCGCGGAGGAGGAGCUCUUGCAGGACACCGAGAGAGCCACGGAUUCAAUGUUUACUGAGCUCGCCGGCUACGCUCAGGCUGCAUCCUUCGAUGAGCUCUCGAAGAUCACGGCCAAGGGAGCACUGGAAGACUUCCUGACAUCUGCGGACUUCUCGGCGAAAGCCAAUGCCACGGCUGCCGCUUCGCUCCUUGGGCGCUUGGAUGUCUUACACCAGACGCUGCAGCGUGCCGGUCGUGGCCGGGACAAGAGUGACAUGCUGAGCCGCCAGGUUGCGCAGACUGUGCGUCAUCUCCAGCGCCAGGCAAGCUUCCAUCUCCGGACAUUGGGCGUCUAUCGCCAGGAAAGCAACGCCUCGAGCCACGCCGCGCGCGGCAAGACCUCGAAGGCCUUGGCCCGGGAGCGGCACCAGGUGAUGAUGUCUUUGGACCAUAUCUGGUGGCAGCUGCGUACGAAGCUGGACUCGUAUCUGGAUGUGGCGGAGGAUGAAGUAAAAGCAUUCCAGGGCUCGCUCGUGGAGCUGAAGAACUACAUGGACUGCAAGAAGGGCUUCUCCGACCUCGCCGCCGGCUAUGCCCAGAGCAUGUCCGCUCUCGGCAGAAGCCACCGCCACCUUCGGGCCACCUGGCGCCAAGGCACGAACUUGCUCGGAGAGUUGGCAUCCGUCCUUGCUGACACGGAGGCCUUCCAAGGCUUCGUCGCCGAAGAAGGCUGCAAGUCUGAGCUCGUAAAGCAGACGAUACAACAGCUUCAAAGCGCCAUUUUCGGCAUGGCCUUCCUUCUCCAUCGUUUCCGAGCCGCCAAGCUGCCGGAUCCCGACACCUCGGGGCUUAAGCAGGCCACGAAGCGCAUUCAGGAGGCAUAUGCGGCCGCGACUGCCAAGUGCCACUGA